CUUCAUGAACACAUCGGAUAGAGAAGAAAUUCUCACAUAUCAAAGAUGCAGUGGAGUCUGUAUCUGCUUAUUCUGAUGGGUCAGUGUUGCUUCUUUACAUGCCGCCUGUAUGAGUACCACUUUAUUGCAGAAAACAAGAGCUGGUCUGAAGCACAGAGAUACUGCAGAGAGAAAUAUACAGACCUGGCCAAAGUGUUUGACAUGACAGACAUGAGCAGACUCCGUAACUCCACACAGAAUCAAGGAGAAGCCUGGAUUGGACUGAACAACAACACAGAUGGAAACAGGACGUGGCAUUGGUCUCUGCCAGGAGUGGAAUACAUUCAUAAUGACAGCAGCUGGAAUCAGAAUGAAAGACACAAUGAGCCGCCUGGGAACUGUGGGAGGAAAAGAUACGAUAAUGGAGAUAAAAAGCUGGUAGAUGUUUCAUGUGAUAAUACUAUGUGGUUCAUCUGCUACGAUGAAAUGAAACAAGACAAAAGAUUUUAUUUGAUUAAAGAACCUAAGAACUGGACACAGGCUCAGAGCUACUGCAGAUCCCAAUACACUGACUUGGCCAGUGGACUCAAUCAGCUAGAUGGAGGAGAAAUGAAAGCCCUGUUUACCAACUCUACCUUUAGUGCAUGGGUCGGUCUGUUCAGAGACACCUGGAGGUGGUCAGAUGGGAGUGAUUUCUCUUUCAGAUACUGGGAUAUGGAGUUAUUCAAUGAUACACAAAACAACAAGACAUGUGCUAUGACUCUGUUAAACAGAUCAGGAAAAUGGAGCUCUGAUGAAUGUGACAAAGAAAAACCCUUCUUCUGUUAUGAUGAUAAAUUGAUCCUGAUCAAAGAAAAUAAGACCUGGGAGGAGGCCUUGGAUUACUGCAGAGAGUCUCACAGGGGACUGGUCUCCAUCACUAACCGUUACCAACAGAGAUGGGCAGAGGUGAGAGCCAAGAAUGCCUCGAGUCCUUUUGUCUGGCUCGGCCUGCGCUACUCCUGCACUCUGGAUCUGUGGUUCUGGGUCAAUGACGAGCUGGUCUGCUAUGAGAAGUGGAGCAAAAACCGAAAGACUGAGGAGUGUGGCAGCGCUGUGGGCAUGGAGAGAGGACAACAUGAGUGGGUCAGUCAGAGUGAAAAUGAGAAAUACAAUUUUAUUUGUUUUAAAUAAGACUUCAAAACUAUUUUAGAAUUGAGGCAAAAUAAGAUUUCUGUUGUGUGUCACUGGGUCUUUUUUUUUUUUACUGGCAAAAGUUCAACUAAUAGCAAAAAACAUUGUUGUAAACAGCACAAUACUGGCAAUAUCUGAUAUUCACUAAAGUAAAUAUAGUUUCCUUUUGACUGCCUGAUUCAGUGAUAUCAUAUUUACUUACUUUCUUCAUUAUUACUUCAUUACUCCAUUAUUGCACUUUCGUUGUUAGAUGUCAGAAACAAUGUUAGUUUCAGUUUUCAUAUUUGCUGUUUAUUUUAUUUUAUCUUUGCAAUAUUUUUGUCUUUGUGCACUUACACUUAUAAAUUGGUCUUAAUGAUAAUAUUUCUAAAUAUUAAAAACUAAUCCAACAAACCAGAGCAUUUAUAUUGUAAACUGUCACAAAAACCAUGUAACUACUUUUUUUCAUAAUGAUGUCCUAUUUAAAGUGACAUUCUGUAAACCGAUGAUCUGUCUGUCAUGAUAAAUAAAUACUCAGUUGGAAGUGUAACAGUC